AUGGCUACAGCCUGGCACGGGGCAUCUCGUUCCCGCAGCCGCAGGUUGGACAUAGCCUUGGUUGCAAAUCCUCCCCCAAGGGAAAAGCAGCCUCCAAAGGCCGCGGGGAGGUGCCUACUUGUUUCAUCGCUGGAAAUACAUCAGGGCAGCCGGACGGGCCCCAGCCUUUCACGGGGGCAGCGGCAGGCUGCUGUCUUGCGAACAACUGCCAGGCGCAGCUCUGGGUUAGCCCCUUCGCGUGCUCCAGGCGGCCCCGCGUUUCGCAGGGUGAGCGUUCGGCUGGGCAACCCCGGGCCGUGCAGCGCCGUCCGCCUCCGCGCCCCGAGCGGGGCAGAGACCGCUGAUGAGCCUGGAGUCUGCAUCGUCCGAGGUUUAGCAGGAACUCAGACCAAUCGUCCAGAGCCGGGGCUCCCCGUGGGCUUACAGACCCCUCAGCAGCCGCGUUACAGCAAGCCUCCCCGCACGGCUGGUGCCUGUCAAUACGAGGAAAGGCAAGAGCAGAGUGGUUCCCGAGGGAGGGAUCCACAGCGAAGGGGGCACGGAGGAGGCGAGGGUGGCAGGAAGCCCCAGUGGGAAGCUGUGAUUCGAGCGGCUGCCAGGGAGCAGCAGCAGGAGAUCAUUUUCUAUCUGUUCUGGGAAAAGAGAAACAAAAUCUUUAGCACUACAUGUUGUGGCUGUUUAAAGGACAGUAAUCCUUUCUCCCUGCAGGUUGGCAAAGCCACCCGGGAACUGAUCCGAUGCCUUGCUCUCACUGGAGUUAUCUAUGGAGGGCACUGGAAGCUGGCACCGGCAUUUGCCAACCUUGCCCACAGCUAUUUAGUACUUUGAGGUCUGCCUGCACAGGCCCCCCAGCACGCCGAAUCCACCAACCGUGCCCUGCUGAUGGGCAGAGAGCCUCUGCCCACCUCUCUGGAGGAGAAGAGAGAGCAGUUAGGGACCCUUGUGACCCUCUACUGCACUGCAGGUGCAGCACAUCUGACACAGAACAAAUAUCCUUACCUGCUAACUUUCAAUGGGUGUCUGGUUUCCCUCUUUUUCCAGAACAUCGCCAACCAAACAAGCUGGAAGCUGCUACACUAUGAAAAAGCAGCCGAUGCUGUCAUUUCAUCAGAAGUAAACACAGCACCUGACCUGAUACAGCUAUAUGAGGAAGUUGCCCAAACUGAACAGCUGAAGAAGAACUAUGAGAAAGCUGCACGUUCCCUUUGUGUGGCGCUCAACAGCAAACUCACAGUGUGGCAGUGGCUCGCACAGGGCUGCUGCUGGGUAGAGCUUAGAUUGCAGCUGGAGAGGAGCAGCAUGUUGGGAGAUAAAAACCCAUCUCUUCAUAUCCAAAAAGUGCAAUCGUUCUUGGGGGCAUACAUUGUUCCUGUAAGACUGCUCCUAAUUGCUAUAACAAAGUCAGAACAGGUGAGGAGGAGACUUGUUCAAGGAGAAAAGCAAUCAGCUAAAAGUCCUUACUGUACAUGUCUUCUAGAGGCAGCUGAAACAUACUUUACAGAGAGCCUCAGCGCCUAUCAAGCAAUGCUGAGCACAGACAAUUCCCAGACUCUUAGCACUGUUGAGGAAUUCAGCAAGUGGCUUGUCCGACUAGGGAAAAAUCAGCAGGCCUACACUCUGCUGAAAGACUUUUUGAACUGUAAGGCAGAUGCCCAUGAGGACUUCAGUGAGAAAGUUGUUGAACUUUAUCAUACAAUGGGUAGCAUUUAUCUAGCAGACAUAAGGAUACAAGAAGCUCAUCAGCUGUUCAGCAAGGUAAUUAUUAUACUACAUUUUGAGGUUUUUUUACCCUCUUACUUACCACCUGUCUUUGAAAAUUUAAAUGAAUACCGUUACACAGAGCUCUGGGCUGCUGCAUCAAAACUAGCUCUUGUUGAAGGCAGUUCAGAUCUUUCUGUGCUACUGUCAGGUUUAUUUUGCUGUGGAGGCCCAUGAUAGCUGAAGAGAAUCAGAGUCACAUUUUUGGUGGAUAUUCAUGCACCUUUCUCACCAUGUGUUAACUGCACAAAGCUCAGAGCUUUGUGGACACUUGAUUGCGUUUCCCAACAAACAGUCUCACUCCUUUGCAGAGCCCUUUGAUUAGAUUUUUUUCACUAAUAUACUGCCAUGGUAGU